CAGUCCGAGGUCGGCUUCGGGACUGCAGCUGCAAUUUGGUUCGCCUCCGAGGACCGGAGUUCGAUUCGGCCUGACUCGUGGCCGGCGCGUCAGGUGAGGCGCGGGGUGGGGGGGGGGGGGGGCGCACGGGCGGUCUUGCGCGCACGUGGCCCCCGAGACGCGCCGCUCUUAGUGCGGAGCAUGGAGCCGCCCGCCGCACGCGGGGUAGCGACACCUGACUUCUCCUCCGCGUCAUCGUCAAACGCCAUCCGCGACGUCACCUCGACUCCAAACGCUUUCGGGGAGAGGGGAAAGCCCGUGACGGAGGCGACCAUGUUGGCUUCCAGCAGGAUUGCGAGCACACGCGCGGCCCGGAUUCGGAGUUGCGGGUCCCGGGGACCGUCGGCCAAGUCGCGGCAGAACCCCGGAGCCGUUUCCAGGAUUUACUGUGCGUGGGUGCUGCUGCUGCUGCUGGUCAUCCCCCGAGUGGAUUCUUCGUGGUGGUACAUCGGCGCACUGGGGGCCCGCGUGAUCUGCGACAACAUCCCGGCUUUAGUGAACAAGCAGCGGCAACUGUGCCAGCGCCACCCGGACAUCAUGCAGGCCAUCGGGGAGGGAACAAAGGAAUGGAUCCGAGAGUGCCAGCACCAGUUCAGAUACCAUCGUUGGAACUGCACCACUCUUGAACGCGAUCACUCUGUGUUCGGGCGUGUCUUGCUGAGAAGCAGCCGUGAAGCAGCGUUCGUCUACGCCAUCUCCUCCGCCGGGGUGGUGUACGCGCUGACUCGCGCCUGCAGCCAAGGAGAUCUCAAGACGUGCAACUGCGAUCCGCACAAACGCGGUCGACACGAGGAUGAGAGAGGAGAAUUCGACUGGGGGGGUUGCAGCGACAAUGUCAACUACGGCAUCAGAUUUGCCAAAGCCUUCAUCGACGCCAAAGAGAGGACCGUCCGAGACGCACGGGCGCUCAUGAACCUGCACAACAACCGCUGUGGCAGAACUGCAGUGAAGCGUUUCAUGAAGUUGGAGUGCAAAUGUCACGGCGUCAGCGGCUCGUGCACGCUGCGGACGUGCUGGAUGGCCGUGUCGGACUUCAGGAAGACCGGCGACUACCUGAGGAGGAAAUACAACGGCGCCAUCGAGGUGACGAUGAACCAAGACGGGACCGGCUUCGCUGUGGCUAACAAAGCCUUUCGGAAGGCCACCAAAAAUGACCUGGUCUACUUUGAAAACUCCCCCAAUUAUUGUCUGGCGGACAAAUCGACAGGUACCAUUGGCACCGCCGGGCGGGUGUGCAACAAGACAUCGCACAGCCCAGACGCGUGCGAGGUCAUGUGUUGCGGGCGGGGCUACGACACCACCCGAGUCCCGCAGAUCAGCAAGUGCGAAUGCAAAUUCAAGUGGUGCUGCGUGGUGGAGUGCAAGGACUGCGAGGAAGACGUGGACGUACACACGUGCAAGGCCCCCAAGCGAGCCGAACGGUUGGACCAGACCUGAGGGGGGAUGCAUCCACCCCCCCCACCCCCUCCUCCCCCAGCCCCUUUCGCGGGCCAAAAGUGCUCCGCUUGACCUCAUCUCAGUUCGUCGUUGCAUGGCUUCUGUACCCGUUUGUAGCAUUCAAUUCCCGGCAGAAUAAAUAAAUACCCGUUAGAAGUCUCUUUGUCGACCGUUGGGAUCGGAGGAUGAAGAGGGAUGACGCGCAAACUCGGAGCUGAGCCACUAUUGGACUUUCUUUCCGGCGUGCGCUUCUGGUUCUGGGUGGAAAAGGCCUCGCUGCUUUCAUAAUGCAAAGACACGCCGUGUCAUUUGCAUCCUCACGUGUUUUCCUUUGUUUGUGUGGAAGGUGAACUUCUUUUUUCGGUUUGUUUGACGCCAGCUACAAAAUGUAUUUUCGUUCGACUGUGUGCACUUUGACCGGUGGACGUUGAAGCUGAAGACGUGAAAAAGAAAUCUUUGCAGAGGACUGAAGGAGGAAAUCAAUGGACAGAUGAGUCAGUGGAACGUUGAAUGCGAUAAUGUCACGGGGAAAGGAACGCUUUUUUUUUUUUUUUUUUUAAAUGACUUAUUUAAAUAUUACAAAUUGAUGGUUCAUUUGCCAUCUUUGGAUGGGAUGCACUGCAAUGACUGACACAAUGAGAGCGCUCUUGUUACAAAAGCAGAAGAAGAAGCAGAAGAAGAAGAAGAGGAAGAGCGCCUGGAUGGGGCGUCAGUCAGCCAAAAUCCACAAAGAGAUUUUUUGACGUCGUUCUUGAGCUUGCUUGUAUUACUUACUUGUCACCUGUAUUGCAUU